UUUCAGUGAUUGCUAGAAGAAGUUCUGCAGACUCUUCAAAAAUAAUCAUCGUAGUUGUCGUUUUUCUUUUAUUAUCUGUACUUGUCAUAUUUGCUGUCACUCUGUCGUUUUACCGAAAACGAAGAAUUACUCGUCAAGAAACGUUUACUAGAGCAGUACACGUGGUUAGUAUUUCAAAAUUGUGAUAUCUAAAUCAAAGAAUCUGCAUUAUAGGGACGAAGGUUUGCAUAUUUAAUAGAAAUCUAUCUUUAUAAAUAUAUGGUCAGAAUAAUGCAAACAGCGCACAAUGUUAAACAUUGAGUCAGUUCUCUCAAACUUUUCUCACAAAUAUAUCAAAACUUAGGGGUUAUGGCAAAAUGCUACUGCGUGAUCACAGAAAGUUUGGGAAUUCCGGGAAUUCUUCCACUUGUGUGGGUUAGCUAGUACUCCGGCACAUCACAAACAUCAGAGACUUUUGCCAUUUGAUGACUUAUGUAUCGAUCAAUUCGAAACUUCAACAUGCUCCCAGGGCCGACCCCGGGAAUUUGAACUUUUUGAAAUUUGACUGAUCAAAUUCUCCACAUCCUGUGCAAAAAUGUCUGCAAAUGCCCCACUGUAACAAGAAAUUAAGCGUUAAAAUGCCCCACCUUUAUAUGAAAAUUAUGAAACAGUAAAUACAAAAAUUACAAAAUAUACGGAAAUGUUUUUCGGCAAGAUAGCGAAAUUCACUUAAAAAGUUUGGAAACCUUAUGGAAAUUUAACAGUUUUACACAAUUUUGUAGUACAAACCUUCAAAUGAAGCACAUAGCUUUUCCAUGCCCGUUUCUUUGAGCCAGUUUUUCACAAAAUUGAAGCCGUUUCUCUCGAAAUCUGAGAAAACUGCAUUUGCCGCCAAUGCGAAGUAUUUUCUGUGCAUGCAGAAAGCACGCGAAAACGGGCAAAAUUUUAAGACUUCCGAGUCAAAUUCCCCACCCUUAUCAAAUGCCCGACCACAUGCAUGGAAGACUUAGAACGUCAAAUUCCCUACUCCCUGGAGAAGACUUGAGGUCAAAUUCCCGGGAUAUGUCCGGGAGGGAAUGUGAAGUUUCGAAAUGAUCGGUACAUUAGUGCGCCUAUUGGAGGCUUAACGCAAACUUAAGUGACCUUAGACUAUUUAAGGCAUGCAAUCUUAGACAAGAACUCUGGUGCCUUUAAAAUAAGUCACAUUAAUUAAGUAAGCCUGUUUUCCACUAGGCGAAUUUGUUGGAAUUUGUUGGAAUCUGUUGCUGACGUGAUAUGCUAUGCCGAUAAAUAAAAAAAUCGCUUCAAGUGAACAACCUCGCCUAGUUGAUAACGAUCGAGAGCUUACUUACUGCGACUUGUAUUCAAGGCACCAGAGUAGGUUUCCAUCCACAAGACCUCUCUAUAUCUGUUAACUGCACUAAAAGUUGGGUUUUUUACCAAACAAUCGAUAUCGGCAAAAACAUUGAAAACAGAUAAUACUUACGAUUUAUAGACCCGGUGCGCGGUGGAUUAUGCGAAAUAUUACCCGAAGUGAUGGUAAUGUUUCCACGAAUCGCCCGAGCGGAGGGUCUGUAUAAAUUAUAUAUUAUCCCGAAAGAUAAAGAACCCACUAGGUUGAGAAUAAAAUUGCUGAAUAACUAAGCGAAUACAAGGUUUAAUGUCUUAUUUAUACCUGAGUUUUUUACUUUUUCUCUUUAAAAUAUUUGAGGCAGUAAGUAUCCUUUGGAUCAUUGAAUGUCAUAUACUCUUCAAAAUAUUUAGUUAAAUCAAUAUAUAUUUCAUAGGAAAAGACAAAAAAUAUAUAACUUGUACGAAAUUACAAAUAUUAAAAAGAGCUAAAUCCACCGUGAGAUAUUAAAAUAUCUCACGCUGCAUUUCGAAAUCAUGAAUUUGAGUGAAAUAUCGUGAAAAGUCACAUGGUACAAAUGCUGGUUUUUUUAUUGGACCAUUUGAAUUUGAGGUAUAAUAUUUACUCAUAUCGAUCGGCCCUCUCUAAUUCUAGCCAGUCAGUAGAAAUAGAAUCAACGCUCUCUUCCCUUUCUUUUUAAUUAUAAAGUUAGGCACUGUACGUUUAGUAUAAGAGUUAAAAUGAGUUCUCAAGCUUGCGAUGAAACGUAGAUAUAUUAGGAUUCUGAAAGAUCAGGACCUGAUUGAACAUGAAUAUAGAGAUAAUAUUCUAUGCGUGUGAAUGUAUUUGCAUCAUAUUAGUGCGUUUGAAAAGAUACCAGAAUAUAUUCAUUGCAAACGUUCAUUUUUGCAUUUCUUUUACCAGUUACACAAAGGACGUUCUGCAUCUAAAGAUAAUUUAGGGAUUUUGUUCCCUGAUGAAAAGAAAGAUAUAGAAUGUUCCCCCAGAAGAAAAUUACCAUCCAUUCGAGAACAUAAUAGCAUGGAGGAGGAGUCAGAGGAAGGUACAAUAAGUUCAUCCGCACGUUGUUGAGGUUAGGGUUAGGCGAUCAACCAGUUAUAAACAUAUCAUGGAUGUGUAUACUUUGGAUAGCCGCUGGUUGAAUAGAGGAAUUAUUGUCCACCAAACAUUUUCUUCUGGUUUACAAGUAUAAUACAAGUUUAGUGGUAUAAUUACAUAUUAAGCAAUCAACCCAGUAAAUAUAAACCUCCCUGUGACAAUUACCCUUUGAACUUUAGGAAACAUUAUUUCUUACAUCUGUGUUCUGGACGAUUGGGAAAUAGAAAAAGAAAAUCUUACAAUUCUUAAUAAGAAGUUAGGUGGAGGAUAUUUUGGCGUGGUGAAGAAGGGGAUGUACAAAGAAAAAGAGAACGAUGGUCUAGUUGUGGCUGUAAAAAUGCUCAAAGGUGCGUAUUUGCAUGCUUGUCAUGAAGGAACGAAAGAGGUUUUGAGGCUGGUUGCCAGAGGCAGGUUGCCAGAGGCAGGUUGCCAGAGGCAGGUUGCCAGGGGCCUGUUAUUUAGAGCCCGAUUAGCGCUAACCCUGUUUUAACCUGCUGUUUUCGUUUAUGUAUUUCUGCAUGAUUAUUUCGUUUAUGUAUUUCUGCAUCAUCGUUUAAAAACUUUAGAAAAUAAAACCCCUACUGAACCAGAAAAGAUUUCUGGAAAAACAUAUUUAACUUGAUUGAUGAGCUGUGGGAAAAUUUACUUCGUAGAUUUGUGUUAAUCGAGAGUGCCUAACCUGCUUUUGAACAACUGGCCCUGGCUACCAUGCAGGGGUGAAAAAAACAAGGCUUUUUCGGAGUCAAACAAUCAAGAGUCUAAAUAUAUAACCGAUUUUGAUCUCUAAUUUUCAAAUGGCUAUGUUUUUUUCAAACAAUUUAAAUAGUUUAAAAUGUUAUUUUACUAGCUUCGACCAAAUCAAAUUUCAAGCUAAUCAUUCUGAACAAUUUCUAUAUUGUGCUUUUUAGAUUCAGCGUCAGCUGCCGACCGCUCAGAUCUCUUAAUGGAACUUUAUAUUUUAAAGGAAGUGAACAAAAGUCCACAUCCUAAUGUUAUCAAACUAAUUGGAGCAUUCACGAGUGAAGGUAUAUGGAUGACAUCGUGUGAUAUUUGUUGA